GGAGAGGCAAUGGGACGUCCCCAGCAGCAAGAUGACCCAAAUGUAAAGCCUCCAGCGCCAACGUCCCACGCUGCCCAAGCCCCUCCUCUGUACCCCCAGGAAGAAGCGCCCCACCAAUACCCACCGGCGGCUGCCCCUUAUGCGGCAGCGCCGAGGAGCCCAUGCCCCUUCCCUCCGCCGCAGCAGGACCCGCUCUACCAGCAGCAGCCCCACCCACACCCUUCUCCCCAACUCGGCCAAGCCCACUUCCAACCUACGCCUUUCCCGCCGGAACAACCAGCUGCUAAGCCUCACAUUCCACCUUCUCCACCACCUCAGCCGUUCCCUCAGCAACCGCCGGUGACAGGCUUCAUUGUUUGUCCAAAACCGCCGCCUCGGCAUGGUCAAUGGACUACGGGCCUCUUCGAUUGCUUCGAAGGCCCAAACAGCUCAUUAGUUACUCUUUUCUUGCCUUGCGUGACGUUCGGACAAGUAGCAGAGAUAUUGGACAAUGGACAGACCACCUGUGCCACCAGCGCAACGAUGUAUGCUGCAAUUCUCUCGGUUUCUGCCCUCCCAUGGAUACUGUCGUGCACCUAUAGGACGAAGCUGCGAGCUAAGUACGGUCUCCUUGAGUCUCCUGCUCCCGACUGGCUUGUUCACUGCCUUUUUGAGCCGUGUGCUAUCUGCCAAGAAUACAGGGAACUACGCAACAGAGGCUUCGAUCCUAGCAUUGCGUUGAUUUGGUGGGAUGAUGGGUGCAAGAUGGUAUGCCAAUAUGAUGAUGCAAACGCAACAGCAACAAACGGCCAUGGCUCCCCCUGUGAAUCAAACCAUGAGAGCUUGAGCCUCUGCAAUACCAGUCACCGGAGGGCCUAGAGCUCAAUAUGCAACGUUCCCUUUAGUUCUUCGACUCCUUUCUUGCUGUUUUGCAGUGUGGAAUUUGGCGUCCGAUAAGCCUUGGUUUUGCCUUUAAGCCAAUCGUCAACCAAGUUGGU